ACAGAGGAACAUGUUAAAGAUGACCUGUCAAAUAUGCUAGUAUUUGAGCGUUUUAUGGCAGUAUGAAGAUCAGAUUGUUGGAGUUGUGAUUUAGCCGGAUGAGUCGUUGGGGAAAGCGUCUCCUCUGGGAUCUGCCAUCAACGAGACGUAAACAGUAAGCAGAACAAUCUGUCCCUGGGUGUUGCUUUACCAUGGUCCGGAGUAAAACUGAGGGAGGAGUCAGUUGGGAGGUCCGUGCCAACGACCAGCAUUUUCACAAGUCAUUGCGCCGCAGAUCUGUCCUAUGUUUUCGCUGGGGGCGGUAUGCUGACAAUGUGAUACGAAGCUACAAGUACACCGCUCUCACAUUUCUGCCCCUUAACCUGUAUGAACAGUUCCAGAGAGCGGCCAAUCUUUUCUUCCUGCUUAUUGUCAUCCUGCAGUCCGUACCUAUGAUUGCGACUAUCCCAUGGUACAGCACAAUGCUUCCACUGCUAUUUGUUCUGCUUGUUCGUGGAUCUAAAGAUCUGGCAACCGACUUGGGUCGACGUCGCAGCGAUGCUCAAAUUAACAAGAGAGCAUGUGACGUACUUACACCAGAGGGAUUCAGAACAGUCAGGUGGAAAGAUGUAUAUACCGGUGACAUUCUCCGGGUUCAUAAAGACCAGGUCAUACCUUCAGAUCUUCUCCUCCUGUGCAGCACUGAGCCACACAGCCUUUGCUAUGUGGAAACCGCAGACAUUGACGGGGAAACCAACCUGAAGUUUCGUCAGGCUCUGACUAUUACUCAUACUGAGCUGAAAGCAGAUCAAGCCGAGAAAGAUCUUGCAGCUUUUAAUGGUGUUGUCCGGUGCGAGGAGCCAAAUGGUAACUUGCACUCUUUUAAAGGCGAGUUGCAUUGGAAAGGAGAACGCCACAUGCUGGACACAGACAACCUGCUGCUCAGAGGAACUGUACUGAGAAACACAGACACGGCAUACGGCCUGGCUAUAUACACAGGCACGGACAGUAAAAUCCUACAAAACUGCGGGCGUCUAAAACUGAAGAAAACUCGCGUGGAAAUACUACUGAACAAAGCAGUGUUGGUGAUUUUGGUCAUCAUGGUUACAUUGGCUCUUCUCCUGGCUGUUGGAGCGGGGAUUUUCGAGUACUGGGUUUCUCCUAAAAUUGAAGUUCUUUCUGCCGUACAGCGAGGCUAUUCGGCUGCCUACCUGGGCUUCCUCACAUUUUGGGGCUACAUCAUAUUACUAAGUCCUUCUCUGCCCAUGUCUCUCUAUAUAACUUUUGAGGUGAUCCACAUGGUGCACUGCCUUCUGAUUGGCUGGGAUUUAGAGAUGUACUGGGAAGACAACGACAGCCCCGCCCAGGCACGUACGUCCACUCUUAAUGAGGAAUUGGGUCAGGUGGGUCACCUGCUUAGUGACAAAACCGGCACGCUCACUCAAAACCGCCUGCUUUUUCGACAAUGCUACAUUGAUGGAAAGAUUUACGGUGACAUGUCACAGGAAUCUAAGCCAUUAGACUUGAGCUGGAACCGGUUUUCCUGUGGCGGAUUGAAGUUUUUCGAUCAGCGUUUGGUGGAGAAGCUACGUGGACAGAGCAGCCGGGAGUGUCAGGAGUUCUUCACGGCUCUGGCUCUCUGCCACACUGUUAUGAGCGAGUGGAAAGAUGGUUUGCCUCAGUACCAGGCGGCCUCACCAGAUGAGGAAGCUCUGGUGUGUGCAGCACGAGAACUGGGUUGGGUGUUUUUGUCCCGCACGCGUGAGACCCUCACCAUCAGCGAGCUGGGUCUUACGAGGAACUAUCAGCUCCUCGCCCUCAUAGACUUCACCAGCAAAAGGAGACGCAUGUCUGUGUUAGUGCGGGAACCAGGAGGAGAUUUAAAGCUGUACUGUAAAGGUGCGGAUAUUGUCAUUCUGGAGAGGCUUCAAAAAGACCAACUGGUUCAGGAGGAUACAGAGAACGCUCUAGAGCUUUUCGCUCAGAACUGCUUAAGGACUCUGUGCGUGGCGGUACGAUCUGUCCCCGAAUCCCUGUGGGCCAAGUGGAACCACGCCCUCAACCAGGCCAACAUGGCAGCGGGUAACCAGGAGACCGUCCUGGAAGAGAUAUACGAUCAAAUGGAAAGAGAAUUAAUGCUGCUCGGCGUGACCGCCAUCGAAGAUCGUCUGCAGGACGGCGUACCCGAGACAAUCGAAAUCCUGCGGAAGGCAGGGGUGAAAGUAUGGGUGCUGACAGGAGACAAAACAGAAACGGCAGUGAAUGUGGGCUAUGCAUGCAAACUGAUGGAUCCUGACACUCUCCUGAUUCAGGGGGAGGAGCUUAGGCAGCUUCUAGAUUCACCUUCUCCAGAUGUUGGUGCCAUGUCUAAAGAGCCUGAGGUUUGGGUCACUGACAGAAAACCAGUAAAGAGCAAAGCUGCGCUAGUCAUCUCUGGUCCCGAACUGGCUGACCUUACACGAAUACCAGAAUGGGGGUCGAGGUUUGUCAAUCUGGCCGGCCAGUGCCAAUCUGUGUUGUGUUGCCGCGUGACACCGGCGCAAAAAGCCGAAGUAGUCGAGAUGGUCAGGAAGCAUUCGACUUCCAUCACCAUGGCGAUUGGAGAUGGCGCCAAUGACGUUAACAUGAUCAAAACGGCACAUAUUGGUGUGGGUCUGUGCGGUGUGGAGGGGAGUCAAGCGGUGCAAAAUGCCGAUUUUGCCCUGGCACAGUUCAGCUUCCUUCGCAGGCUGAUGCUGGUGCACGGACACUGGUCAUACUACCGCAUCUGCAGAUUUUUGCUUUAUUUCCUCUACAAAACCAGUGCAUUUGCUCUGGUUCACGUCUGGUACAGUUUCUACAAUGGCUACAGUGCUCAGCCCAUGUACGAAAGCUGGUUUAUUAGCCUAUACACAACAACCUACACAUCCCUGCCUAUACAGUGCCUGGGUGUUUUUGAACAGGAUGUCAGCGCCAAAAGCUGCCUCCGCUGGCCGGAGCUCUACUCUGUUGGACAGCAAAAGAAACUAUUCAAUCCGUUUGUCGUGGCGCUCACACUUCUGUAUUCCUUAUAUAGCUCCAUCAUCCUUUUCUUUGUCCCUAUGGGAAUAUUACGCGAAACAGCCCUGGAUUUCCAGACUCUUGCCGUAAUUGUGGAAACAUCAGCAGUGUUCACAACCACUGUGGAGGUUAUUCUGAAUACAAAAUUCUGGACCAAGUACAGCAUUGCUGCAAUCAUUUUUAGUUUGCUUGCGUUCUUUCUGUCAACAUUAGCUCUACACAGCACUCGUUUGUUUACUUUGUCGCCGAAAGACUACUUCUUCCUGGGAGCGUCAGUAAAUGCUUACGGUAGCUCUGAGGUUUGGCUGACCAUUUUUGUGACGACCUGUGUUGCUGUUCUCCCUUCAAUGACCAUAAGAGCAUUGAGUGUUGUGCUAACAAACUCCAACAAACAUAAGAUCCACAGCUCAGUGAACGAGCCCGUCGAGCUUCAGUCAUGGUUCCAGAGAGGCACUCUCCGACGUCGUUCAUCUUAUGCUGUCUCUCAGGGGAAAGGAUUUGGAAAGUUAAUCACCACAGGAGUUGGCCUUCACUCUGCAGCGUCCCCGCAGGACAGGAGGGUUACACCAGAUGAUUUAAAGAAAGGUUUAAAGGAGGGUGUACAUAGAGAAAUGAAUGGUAGUUGCAAGGUGUGAAAGCCUCUCUAGUGCGUAAAAUGUAACUAAAAUAUGAAAGCGUAACAAAAGGUUUAACUUUUGGUUGCAAAAUGCAGGUUCAAAAUUAU